AUGGACUUGUCAGGGCGCGUCCCUGCAGGUCUGACCAGGAACGACGUGGCCAGGGGGAGAGCCACGCAACUGGUGAGACCGGCCACUGGAACAUCCGUCAACUCCCUCAGGCGCAUGCCGGACGACGCUCUCAAGGUUUCUGCGCAAAAGGCCAAGCAGAUGCAGAAAGCAAACAUCCGAGUCGAGGAGGAAACACGAGCGAAAGACCCUACGGCAGCCACCAUUCAAGCGUUGGUGCUUGAAAUGCGAGAGGCGAUGCAGCAACUCACGUGCCGGAAUCGUCGAUUGGAAGAAGAGCUUCGGCGCUACCGGGCGUCGUUCAAGAGCGCGAUGGAACAGCAGGAGCGUUUCGCUCGCAACUUCCACGAUUGUCAGGCAGAGCUCCACAAGGAGCGGCAGCGAAGCGAGUUUCAGGAGAGGGAGUUUCGCACCCUCUGCGCUCAACUGACGACAACGAUUCAGGGUUUUGCCGCCGAUCAUGAAGAGAUUGCGAACGUCUGCAGUCCUCCCUACUGCAUGGGCGGGAAAGGCCUGCGCGAACUCCACGGCCUCGCGCAGAUUCUGCGUGUGAAGCUUGCACUUGGAGUGUAUGCACACCUCAGAGCAGACAAAGCAGGGGCGGAGACCAGAAACCAAGAACAAGAAAGACUCAGCUCCUGCAUCCUCGCCCACAACACUGCGCAUGCAACGAACGAAACGAUGCCCGUGAUGACAGUGGGCCAAGUCAGGCCUGCAAGCGGUGACCAAUCAGGGCGACUUUCGCCGACAGAGCCACUGAGACAUCCCUGCAGUCCUUCCCCUGCUGUAUGUGGCGCAAUCCGCGGCGGGGGUGUAGCGCUUGGGAAGCGUGUGUCAAUCAACUUGGACACGCAAGACGUCUGUCCACCUUCUCGUCUCUCCUCCCAUUCCUCUCGUUCUUCUUUUAACGCUCCACAGCCUGGCGACGAACACGAGGCCGGAUCAGGCUUCACUGCUGUGUCGGCUCGAAUUCACGAACCAGGCAGUCGGGAGUCUACCGAGUCGGCGCGUGCGGAGCAAGACUUUGCGAGAACUCAAAAUGGAGGAGGGAUCGAGGGGGAUAAGACGCGCCCACACAUCGCUGAGCCUCCUUGUGAAAACGUGGAGUGCGGGAACGAUUGUUUGUCGGAUAGCUCCUCUGUUAGUGAGCGAACCAGCGACUCGGAGUUCCUUUCUUCGUCAUCUGGUUCUUCUCCGCGGCUCUCUCACCGCGCCCCUCCGCCGCCCAAGUCGCUCCGUCCCAAGUUCGUGCCGUCGCUGUCUACCGCCGCUGCAGGCACUGGGUCGUGGAUGUCGGGAAACCGAGAACCGAGUGAAUAUCCACAGGGAAUGUGA